AUGGCGACGACCAGCAGCGUUCAUGCCAUCUCCUCCACACUGACCUCCGCCUCCGCCUCCAGCGCCCCGACCGUACCUCCACAGGGUGGCAUCCUCGAGGGAGGCAACCCGUCCAAAUAUGACCCCAAGAACCCCAUUGUGACCUUCAUCAUUCAGGCUGGCAUUAUCAUCAUACUAUGUCGCCUGCUGCAUUGGCCGCUGUCCAAGAUGCGCCAACCACGCGUGAUCGCGGAGGUCAUCGGGGGUAUCAUCCUGGGACCGUCCGUCAUGGGUCGCAUUCCGGGAUUCACAGAGGCCAUCUUUCCCGCCGCAUCAAUCCCGAAUUUGACUUUGGUCGCCAAUCUGGGCCUGGUGCUCUUUUUGUUUCUGGUGGGCCUCGAGACCGAUCUGCGGUUCCUGGUCAGUAACUGGCGUGUUGCUGCCAGUGUGUCCGCCGCCGGAAUGAUUCUGCCCUUCGGCUUUGGUUCGGCCAUUUCCUACGGUCUGUAUAAUACCUUCCGGAACGAGGCUGGAACGGUGCCGAUCAAUUUUGGGACCUAUCUGCUGUUCAUUGGUAUUGCCAUGGCCAUCACGGCGUUCCCCGUCUUGUGUCGUAUUUUGACCGAAUUGAAACUCCUCAGUACCAACGUCGGUGUCAUCGUGCUCUCUGCCGGCGUUGGUAACGAUGUCGUCGGCUGGAUUCUGCUGGCGCUCUGCGUGGCCCUCGUCAACGCUGGCAGUGGUAUCACCGCGCUGUGGGUUUUGCUCGUAGCGACUGGCUACAUCCUGUUCCUUGCCUUUGUCUUCCGUCCGCUCUUCAUGCGCUUCCUCCGAAAGACGGGCAGUCUGCAGAAAGGCCCCAGUCAAUCCGUCGUGACAAUCACCCUGCUCAUCGCCCUCGCCUCGGCAUUCUUCACCCAGGUCAUCGGCAUCCAUGCUAUCUUUGGCGGGUUCAUUAUCGGAUUGCUCUGUCCCCACGAAGGCGGGUUUGCCAUUAAAUUGACCGAGAAGAUUGAGGAUCUCGUCGCCGUCUUGUUCUUGCCCCUUUACUUCACCCUUUCCGGCCUCUCGACCAAUCUUGGUUUGCUGGACAGCGGGCUCGUUUGGGGAUACGUAGUGGGUGUGAUUUCGAUCGCGUUCUUUGCCAAAGUCGCCGGCGGCGCCCUGGCGUCCAGACUCUGUGGCCUCCUUUGGCGAGAGAGCUUCUCUAUCGGUGUUCUGAUGAGUUGCAAGGGUCUUGUGGAGCUCAUCGUCUUGAACAUUGGUCUGCAAGCUCGCAUCCUCAGCACCAGAACCUUCACAAUCUUCGUCGUCAUGGCACUGGUCACGACCUUUAUAACCACUCCGAUGACCACCCUGCUGUACCCCAAAUGGUACCAGACUAAGGUCGAGCGAUGGCGCCGCGGGGAAAUUGACUGGAACGGGAACGUCGUUGCUGGAGACAGCCGUCAGGACAGUGUGGCUGUUGCCAAAGAGCAACUUAAAACCACGCCGGUCCGGAAGCUGCUUGUUUACCUCCGGCUGGACGGCUUGUCCGGCAUCUGCACACUAGCUGCACUCUUAGGGCCCAGCCGCCUGGCCGCGCCACCCUCCCCUAAGGUGCACCCGACUAAGCUCAAGAACGCCUCCUCCCCCACCGAGAAUACCGCGGAGGAGUCGGCUCACUCAGAGAUUGAGCCAGAACCUGCGCUCAAAGUUCAUGGUGUGCGAUUGAUGGAACUCACCGACCGCGAUUCCAGUGUCAUGAAAGUCUCCGAGAUUGACGAUUACUCGCUGUGGGAUCCUGUCAUCAACACGUUCAGAGCCUUCGGUCAGUGGCACGAUAUCUCCAUCCUAGCCAACGUCUCCGUUGUUCCCGAGUACUCCUACGCCGACACCGUGGUCGGGAUGGCCCACGAGGAAAUCUCUGAUCUCCUCUUGAUCCCCUGGAGCGAAACCGGCGCCAUGAGUGAGCUUCAGAGUGGACUGGGGAUUGAUGAGGCGGGCCGAUUUUCCAAUGGGCCUUAUGCCGACUUUGUCUCCAACGUCCUGUCGCUCGCGAACAGCAACGUGGGUGUCCUAGUGGAACGGAGUCUCUAUAGCCGGAGUGCUGGGAAACAACGCUCGCAGCUGAAGCGGACUCCCAGCGGUCUCAGCCUCCGCAGCUCUAUCUGGGGCGUUGCCCCUGCAGCCGCUCGGUCCCAUCACAUCGUCUUGCCCUACUUCGGAGGAGACGACGAUCGCUUCGCCCUGCGCUUUCUUCUUCAACUGGCGGAGAACGAUCAGGUCACUGCCACCAUCAUCCAUAUCGACGUCCCCGUGUCGCCUCCUACAAAGGCCGCAGUCGCAGAUAGCAAGGGUACUGGGUCCCAUGGCGAAAGCUCAAAUGCUGGUUCGUCAAAUCUCUCGCGGGUGUCCGAAUCGCACAGUGCCUUCUUUGCCGCAAUGCGCGACUCUGUGCCCGAAGAGCUCCGAUCACGCGUGGUGUUUACUCGCAUCACACCAAAGACAGGCGAAAAGGAUUGGGUGGAGCUCGCUGUCAAUGCCGUGAAGGAAGAGAUGAGCCAAACCUCGCACAAGGCCGGCAAUCUUGUUGUCGUCGGCAGACGGAAUACCCACAUGGAUCUAGAUUCCUGUUUGGACGCUCCGUCCCAGGACGAAGUCGGAGCCGAUGCCAGCCAGGCGCUGGGCGUGGUGGGACAGGCGAUGGUGCAAACCGAGAACAGAAUCGUGGGGAACGUGCUCAUUCUUCAGGCUGGCGCAAGCGGUGUCGGCCGGUAA